GUCGUUCAUUCACACCGAAGUCUUAUCUUAACGGCUCAGUAAAUUCUUCAUGCAACGCGCUAGUCAUAUCCGGCCGGUGGUAUUUUAUGCGUUAGGAUGGAGAUAUAAAAAAAUAAUGCAUUUUCUUCGAAAUAUUAGUGUACAAUAGGAAUGUAGGACUGGUUUAGGUCCAUUUGCCGACUGCUUAAAUAGGUAGUGAAUGCUGUGAUUUGAGAUCCUACCUGUAAUACCUAACUCCAAGUGGUGGCAUCACUAAAGCAAUCAUGUUUCGUUCUGUUCAACGUGUUUGGUCAAAAUUAUUUGGAAAAUACUUAUGGGCUACAAACACUUUAAGUUCUGGAGGUUUAUUGGCAGUUGGAGACGGAAUCCAGCAGUACAUUGAGCAUGCCAGAGGUGUAAAUUCAACUCCAGGGUAUGACUGGAGAAGGACAGGACGACUUUUCUUAGUUGGUCUUUCCCAGGGUCCGCCACAUCAUAUUUUUUAUAUAUGGUUAGACAAGGUUUUACCUCAAAAGAAUGCAAAGACAGUGUUCAAGAAAAUAAUGGCAGAUCAAAUUGUGGCUGCUCCAUUCUUUGCAGUCACAUUUUUUCUUGGAGCUGGACUUUUGGAGGGCAAAACUCUCAAGGAAGCUUGGUUAGAAUUCAAGGAGAAGUUUCCUGCGGUUUAUGCAUUUGAUUGGUGUAUAUGGCCUCCCACGCAAACAAUAAACUUCUAUUUUGUUCCAAUUCAGUAUCGAGUCUUGUACGUUAAUGGUGUGACAGUUAUAUGGGAUGUAUUCCUAUCAUAUAUGAAGCACAAGGAUCAGGCUGUUACAAAUGAAAGAUCACCUUCCAAGUCAUCAUGAUUAAUAUUUUUUAGUACUGGGCCCCUACUUGUACCUCAUGAAAGAUGUGGGCAUUGUUUGAAGCACAAGUUACCAAGCAGUAUGGUAUUUAUUUGUUCUUAAAGUGUGUCUGUACGGUUAUAUUUUUACGUCUGGCUGUGUUAAUUCAAUGUUUUUUUUUUCUGUAGCAUUGGGUAUUCUUGUUGAAUGUUUACUGUUUGAUUUUUGUUUACAAUUUAAGGUGUAUUACAGAUUUACCAAAGGAACACAAUUCUCAAGAAGAUUACGUAUUAAUUUGUCUGCUGCCAGUUGUUUUAAGAUACAUGUGUGAUUGUACAUAAAGUCAUAAAAUAGUUAAUUUUUCUAUUUUCAUUUAUACAGUACAUGUAUAUGCAGUUGAAUAUACUAGUAUAGUACAGUAAUGGAUAUUUUUAAGAUACUGAGUGGAGUACUUGGGAAAAGGAUAUAUAGGAAUGUUAUGGAAUGUGUAUGGGAAGCAUUUUUGCCUUUAGUAUCACAGAAGCAGUGUAUGCAGUACAAACAUAUGCUUGUAUCUCAUGGAAUGCUACAAGAGUAGUGAAAUGUGUAAACUGGAAGUAAUAAGGGCAGAUCAAAGAUAUGCUCAAGUUUCUGUUUCAAUUAGAACUGUAUAAGAGAGACUGAGAUGCAUUUUUUGUUUUACUACUAUGCUUUCUUCUCGACCUAGAAUUAUAUAGAGAUAGUAUGUUUUGAAGAUGAAUAAUGGGUUAAGGUUGAAGGAUAGUCAGUAGGUGGCAAAGAACUCAGAAAAAUGAUUAACUAUAGAACAGGGAUUAGAGCAUCAUUGAGUGAUUGUGACAGUUGAUAUACAAGGGUAAUUUUACAAUAACCACAGGUGAUAAAAUGUCAAGGAACAGAGUAAGCUUGAAUGACCCUAUUGAAAGGAAAAAGCUUGUUAGGUCUGUAGCAUUUGUAAAGUAAAAUGCAAGUAUGAAACAGCAAUAAGUUAGGCUAUGGCCAAAGGAUUUCAUCUUAAAAUAAAUGACUUCAGAGCUUUAAGAGAGUAUUGCUAGUCUUGUUUAAUGUGCAAAUAUUCCUGGGUCAAAGAUUUAAACAUUCAAGAGUAUGUUCUGCAUUGGUGAAAGUGGAAUUGAUGGAUCAAAUUGCAGAUUAAGUCGUAUUUGGAAUGUUGAAAAUAUAAGACUGGAUUGUUCCAAAGUGCUUAUUAUGGCAAUAGGAAAAGAAGGCCCCUUGGUUGUUGUGACCAGAAAUUCCAGUAAUGGAAACAUGUUUGAUUUUUAAUAAAAAGCUGCACUUUAAAUUAUGCAUGGUAGGGGUGGAUGCAUUUUUGUUUUGGAGUUUAAAGUAAGUUUGAUAUCAUAUUGUACAUGUUGCUUAAAAGCAGCACAUUGAAUGAAGCUUGUAUAGUGAUCAGUUAUGAUAUGAUGGUAAACUUGCACCUAAAUAGUUUACUUUUACAACUGUAUUCCACUUAGAACUAGAUUUUCAGAAAUCCAUCUUUACCUAUUGAAUUUAAUUUUGGUGUGAGUACAUUGUGCCUGGCUGUGUGCAUACAUAUUCUUGUUUCAUACUUCAUCACACUUUUCAUAGGUUUUUUUAUUUACUGCUUUUGGAUUUACCUAUUUUGGUCCUCCUGUCAUAUUAAUUUUGUAAGUUUCUCUCUCUCUCUCUCUCUCUCUCUCUCUCUCUCUCUCUCUCUCUCUCUCUCUCUCUCUCUCUCUCUCUCUCUCUCUCUCUCUUUAAAUAUGAAAAUUUCAUGUAUUUAUCCAAUAUUUCUGUGAAUCAUGCAUCAGCAUUAGGGAUACAUACAUGAUAUUAUAUAGUUUAGUAAUUCAUGUUUUUGUAUAAUUCCACUUAUAGACAUUAGUGACCAAAUAUUAGCUUAGCAAAUGUACAUAUUUUUAAAGUCAGAGAUUUAUGAAACUUAAAGUGCAGAGUUAUGUAAAAUAUUUUUGGAAAAUAAAGUUUGUGGGUAUUUUGUUAGUACUGUGGUGUCCUAAAAUUCAUAAGAUGUUUAACGUUUCAGUAGUACCUCGAGAUACGAAAUUAAUCCAUUCCGAGGCGCCCUUCGUAUCAUGAUUUUUUCGUAUCUUGGACCACAUUUUACAUGUAAAAUGGCUAAUCCAUUCCAAGCCCUCCAAAAACACCCCAGUAAAUUUCAUAAUAAAGCUAAAUUGACCUAUAAACAAUGAAAUACUACAACAAUUUGGACCAUUCAAUACGUAACUUAAUAAUAAAAAUGUAAAACCUGUAAAUAAAGUGUAUAUUAGUGUACAAGAAAUAUUAUUACUGUAAUGUAAAAUGUGGAAGCUUACUUUUCGAGUGAGGCUAUCUCCGAAAGUGGCGGCAGAGGAGGAGGACAAACGGCAGAUACGUACACUUAACUUUACGAAACACAUAAAAAAAUGUCAGAAAAACAAACUAAACUUUACAAAACACAUUAACAAAACUGUAACACUUAACUUUGCAAAAAACUUAAAAUAAAAUUUAUUUUGUCUUUUUUUUUAUUUUUACAUUUCUUUUUACUUUUUUAUACUUUACGUAAUUUCAAUUUCUUCACCACCGAAUGGAUGCCAGUCCGUUUACGGAAUUUUUCGAACCACCCAUGAGAAGCCUUGAACUCUGGGGUUGCCGUUGAUGUCCCCUCUCCGCCGUCGUCUUCGGCUUGGGCAAUCAAAUCGCCGAAAAUAGCGCUGGCCUUCUGGCAGAUUGCCGUCUCGGUUAUUUUAUCACCAUCGAUUUCUUUGUCCUCGAUCCAUACAAGAAGCAGCCUUUCCAUUUCAUUAUGCACAUGGCUCCUUUUGUUGGACAAAAUAGUCACGCCCUUGGAAGGUGUAGCUGCUUUGAUGGCUUCCUUCUGCUUAAGGAUGGUGCCUAUCGUCGACGGAUUUCGGCCGUAUUCCUUAGCAAUCACACUCAACCGCAAGCCAGCUUCAUACUUUUUUAUUAUCUCCAUUUUUUUCUCCAUAGAAAGCAUUCUCUUCUUUCUGUGAACUUCAGCAACUUUCUUGGGACCCAUGACUAAUAUGUACUAUACGUAAUUAAGUUACGUAUACUGUACGUAAUUAAGUUACGUAUGUAGUACGUAUACUAAUUAGGUUCUCACAACACGAUAAAGUAGCACAACGAAAUCACUAACGAAUUUACAAUACUAAACGAAAUCGUUAGACCAAACGAAUGCCGCAUGCGUAGGAUAAAGCUUCGGGUGCGAAGUGGCCGAGCGAAGGCACGCCAACACGUAAGAUGCAUGAUGGGAGGGAUGCUGUCCAAUAGGAGAGGAUCUCAUGGGUUGGCUAGCAUCAAGAACCAAUGGGAGAGCAGGAGGAUGGUGGCGAGUCUACUAGAACUAAGAUGGCGGCGCGCAGCGCGAGUUUCAAAAUUGUUAUCGGGCGAAUCUCGGACUUUCAGAAACCUUUCGUAUCUUGAAAACUUUUCGUAUGUAGAGCAGUAAAAUUUUUCGUGUCGGCUUUCGUAUCUCGAGUUUUUCGUAAGUUGAGCCUUUCGUAUCUCGAGGUACCACUGUACAAUAAUUGAAUAACAUAUUUAUGAUCAUAUGACUCAUAAAAAUAAAACUAAUUUAUUAGAUGUCUGCUUGAACUAAACUCAUGAAAAAACUGAAACUCAAGUUUAUUAGACAUCUGCUUGAACUGAGGUAGCAUUGUUUGUCUCUAAGUUUGCAUAACUUUUUCUGAAUAUCUGCUAUUGUUAAAUGAACUCUCUUUGUACUCAUACAUUUACCAGAGUUAUUCAGUUCUUUCUGCUUUGUGGGAUAAGGUAGCAGCUCCAAUCACUGCUUACCUUGUAAGGGAUAUAAUUUUCUGUGAGUCUUAUACAACAUAAAAUAGAUGGUGCCAAAGGUUCCUUUUGGUUCCUUAUUGCA